AUGCGGAAGGGGUCCCCCUCGGUCCCCGGAGCUGGGAGCCGGGGCAGCCCUCGCCAGCGCCGCGCCCUCCCCGAGGCCCGAGGGAGGCGCCGCGGGAGGAAUUCCAGCCAUUUCCUCUGCGCCGCGCGGUAUGUGGCCUGCUCGCUGCCCGACCGCAGAGCGGCCCGGAGGUGGGGGCCGGCGGCGCGGGCCGGUCACCAGCCGCGUCUGGCAGCUGCCCUGGCCUCGCCGUCCCGCUCCAGAUUCCCGGCUGGCCGUCCCUCGUCCCGGGCAACCAAACCGGCCCUGGAGCGGCCCCGGGCCGGCGCGGCGCUGCCGGGACCCCGGCUCCUCCCCGCGCGGCCGCAGCCGGCGGAAUCGCUCCCGCCCCAAGGCCGCCUGCCUCCUCGGCCCCCGCCGUGCACCCUAACCCGCGGGUCCCCCGAAUCUCAGUUUGAAACUGAAGGUGGCCUUUGCUACGUCACCUUGGGGUAUCGCUGCUGUCCUCAGCUCUGCUGGAUCUUCCGCCCACCCUGCCCAGGGCCUCUUCUCCAUACUAAUUCGCGGUGGAGCAGUCGGGGAGGCUUUACAGCCAGAGCCCCAAGGCCGAGAAUCAGCCCUUGCAGCAAGACGUGCUCCCCUCGUUCCCCCCACACACGCUACAGCCACAGACCGCAUAAAUCCAGGUGGAGACAGGUCCAGAAACACAGGAUACACCUCCCGAACUCCCAAUGGCAGACCGUUUCCUCCCUCCCCUGGUAUUUUUUAAAGGCUUCUCCCAGGGACCCCAGGCUGUGGCCAGUCUUCCUGAAAUGCUGACUUCUCUUUCAAGAUGGAUGGGGGAUGCUGCCUUAGGUUAGAAGGCAUCGAACGAAAUCACAUUUUUAAAUGUAAAAUUUGAUUCUAAAUUUUUGAUGGUGCUUUUCGUUUUGGUGGAGGUGGGGACGGACGACGGUGGGGAACAGGCUGCAGGCAGAGUAAAUCUAAAAGAGGGGAAAAAAGAAGCUGGGAGUACACACAUGUGAAGAGGGGAUAUCGCUCUGCUGGAAAAGAGAGUUGCUGUCCCAGCAGGCUGGUUCCCAGGAGCUUGGUGAGGCUUUCUGAGCCAGUCUCCUGAGCCUGGGACUUGAUGGGGUGCAGGUCCCUGAGAAGGAGCCUGUUGGACACAAUAAGACUGCACUGCGGAAAAAAGGUUAAUGAAGUUCCACCACCUGGGCUAAGGGAUUCAGACACAAAAAUUAUCCUCAGGAAACUCAGAGAUCUAGAUCUGAUGGCUCCAGGAGAGGGUGGCAAAGAGCAAGGCAGGUUUGGAGAUAAUGAGUGAAACAGAUCUGAACCACCAGUUUUCAAAUGUGUCUGUAAAAAUAAGCUUUAACUAAAUGCUAAA